CUAGAAGUCAUUUUCCGGAUGGGCCAGCAGGAGGAGCGUCACAAGUGCUUGGCGAUUCUGAUUGUUUCCCUUAAAUUGCUUUUGAUAAGCAGAGACUGUUGUGUACUAGUGUGUUAACGCUUUCAUUGUGAAUAAUGGCUGGAAACUGUUUUUUGCCCGGAUCAUAAUGCAUCGAAAAAAUGGGCAGAAGUGUGAGACGUCAUUUAAGGAAACACUUAUGAAAUGUGUCUUACGUUCCAGGAAAUGGAUGAAACCAAACAGGUUUUGGAGCUUCUGGCAGUACUCGCUUUUACAGAAAUGUGUUUUUUGUAAAGUCAGGAAACAGAGAGAAAAGUUGCCUGUGGCAGGAAGUAAGUGUGAAGGCACUAAAGGAAAACAUCAUAAGCAGAAUGCAGUAACCAGCUGCAAUUCUACCUCCCAGAAAUCGAAAAAGAAGAUUUCAUCCACUGUUAUCUCUGAAAAAUUAAAGAAUGGUCGUCUCGUCUCAGAGCAGAGCUUGAUAAGUUCAAGAGGAGGACAACUCCACCAACUAGGACAACAUUCUCCUGGAGCAAGGAGGCAAGUUUUAGAUAAAGCUGUUUCUGGUGAAAACUGUUUCAUUGUUGUAAAUUGUGGCAAAGACAACCAUAGCACAAAAAAGCAAACAUCAGAACUAAAGUCUGUCACUAAAGCCAGUAAAAAAGAGAAGUAUGUAACAUUGGCAUGCAGGUCAAGGCUCCUUAAAGUACAUCCAACUAGAAAGUCAAAGAACAGUUUCUUUUUCAAGUUGAUGCAGUGCAGGAGACUCAGUCACCUAAAUCUUUGGACUCGAAGCAGAGCUGGAAAGGUGCCCAGUCAGAGGCAGAAAAAUAUCGACCAACCAAAACCCUCCUUCUGGGCUUUUGGUGGACAACAAAAAAAGGUCUGCCAUGAGGAACUGGGAUCAAAACAUGUAAUAAAAAAAGAAACCAGCAAUAAGCGACUGAAUAAUAGAACACAAAAGCAAAAACCAAAUAAUGCUAAAAGGAAUGGGGUAAAAGAAACAAAUGCAGAAAAAAAUAAUAUGCGUAGAUCAUCUUUUUCUAAGUCUACUUUGAGCAAGGCUGUCUCACAUGAUUCAAACUCUGACUGUAAACUGCUAGAACCGCAAUGCAAUAGUACGGCGCCCAAGCGCAAAAAAAAAACGAACUGCCACACAGUGUCAAGAGAAAGAGAAGAAUGUAGCUGCAGUACAUCGAGGAAAUCAAAAAAUACCGUGUGUCAAGAGCAGAAUCCUAAAGCCAAGGACGAUACGAUGCGCAAUGCUAACGAACAAGUAAAUCUGACCAUUAUAAAUGGGUCUUGUGACGCAGAUACUGAUGGAAGUUGUGGUAUGGAUGUGGAUCUAUCUUUGCAAUGUUCUGAUCCUUUUCAAGAGCAAUUGCAGGAUCAUUUGUAUUGCAAAAUCUCUAGCAGGUUUGUUACUGAAACAAUACAUACUGACGACUUGAGAAAAGGGGAGAAAAAGGUGUCAAGACAGCUUCAGUCCCAUGAAAUUGGGAAUGAAGAAAUGAGGGAAAUAAUCCAUGAUUUUUUGGAGGAGUUUUAUGGAAAGUAUGGAAGUUACAUUCCUCUUACCGAAAAUGACGUAUUAGAAAAGUUAAAACAGGUUUUAAAUACAGAUGUUUCUGACAGAAAAUCUUUCAUUUUCACGGAAGUCAUGAAGUAUCAGGCUACUCUUGCUGUUGUUCCAAUGGGUAAUUUUAAAGUGACCUACAACAAGCAUACCUUAACAUUAGAAGACUUGUCUACGUUAGAUGGACAGAACUGGCUUAAUGAUCAGGUUAUAAACAUGUAUGGUGAGUUGAUCAUGGAUGCUGUUCCUCAUAAGGUUCAUUUUUUUAAUAGUUUCUUUUAUAGGCAGCUGGCAACCAAAGGGUAUGAAGGAGUGAAGAGGUGGACCAAAAAGGUAGACUUAUUCAGCAAAAACCUUUUGUUGGUUCCUAUUCAUCUACAGAUCCAUUGGUCUUUAAUUACUGUUGAUAUACCAAACCAAAACAUUCAGCUCUAUGACUCUCAAGGAAUUCACAUUAAAUUUUUAUUGGAGAACAUUGGGAAAUAUAUAUUGACUGAAGCUAAGGAAAGGAACAAACCAGUUUUUCAAAAAGGAUGGAAAACUAUUCAGAGUAAGACAAUUCCCCAACAAAAGAAUGACAGUGACUGUGGAGUUUUUGUACUACAGUACUGCAAGUGCCUGGCCUUGGGACAGCCUUUUCAGUUCUCACAAGAAGACAUGCCCAAAGUGCGCAAGAGAAUAUACAAGGAGCUUUGUGAAUGCAGACUUUUUGACUGAAAAACUAGAGCCUCGAGUGUUUGCUACUGUUCCGAUAUUCAUCCUUACUGGCCAAGAGUGGACAUUCUUUGAAUGCGCUUACUUAUCGGACGUUAUUCUCACAUAUUUCUGACCUACUCAAGACCUUUUAUGGGAUUAAAACUGAGGUAUUCAGUGGCAUGAAAAUGGUUGCUUAUUUUUGUAAGCAGUUAUAACAAAUUCAGCAAAAGGGAAACAGUGUGUUUUAAUAACUGGAUGAAGUGCCUAUGUGGUGUGUUCAUUUUUGAUCUUGUUGAAUGCAUUGUUUGUUAGAAAACAAAUCAUUUUGUGAGCCAUGGGCCAUACUCAGCCUUCUGAGGGUAAAUGCAGAGGCUGGCUAUGGCAAAUCAUUUCUGUUACCUCAAGUGAAGUGUUAAAGGUUGUCGGCGUUCAAUACAAGUUACUGUAUUGGUUGGCCUGUCUUCGUGCAGGUCUAGAUGUGCGCAUUUGAGACACACACACAUGCACAAUGUGCAUUUAAACUGAUCUUAAGCCUACGCAGCCUUACAGGCUGAUUAAAAGACCACCAAAUCAUUCUGAGAUUGCUAAUUAUUUAAAGGUCAGAUUGAUUUUAAAGUCUUAGUUAAAUAACGGAACUUUGAUUCCUUAAAAGAAACACACGUAUUCUUUUGGUGAAUAUGUAUGUUUCAGAAGUAGUAUUUGUUGCAUUCUGAACCACUGGAUACAAAUGAAAGAAAACACAUUUGUUAGUUUUCCUUGUAGAAGCAAAUUAGUUUGUGAGUUAGUGAUCUGUUUUUAAUAUU